AUGAGACCUUGGGUUGAUCCUCUAGGUCCUGAAGCCCGUAGUUCACGUGUCGAUCUUGGAGGUUCAUCGUUUUCAGUAAUCAAAAGGGACGAUUCUACGCUCACCAGUAUUAUGGUCUCGCGUACCGUCCCUCCUGAAAUUGGUCAAGACCCUCCUAUAGUUGAAAAGUUUGAAUGUCAUAGGUUCGACGACACUGCCGAUCAAGUAACAGCUCUCCGUCCACCUGGGCUCAGAUUUCAAAUAAUCCUGGCACAUGAACAGAUCACCAAUCUUCAACGACAACUUCCCACAUACAAACAAGCUCAACACUUUCUAAAGAUCUACGUCCAUCAGUUUGCUUGGUAUCAUUUGUGUUUCAAUCAUUGUGCUUACGAAGCUGAAGCGCAUAAAUUAUAUCAUCAUCGAGACUCAGAGGGUCAUGAGAUUGAUGACAGUCAAGCUGCUUAUCGACUCAUCACUAUGGCCACAACAUAUGCUAUUGCUAGAAUGUCAAUCAUGAAACUCCCUUUCGAAAAGUCCACUCAGUUGCAACUCCCAUUGAGCUUGGCAGAUCGGGAAAAUAUCUCUAAACGAUGGCUUGAUGCUAGCGUGGAAUGUCUAAAAUGUGCCAACUUUAAAAGUAAUCCAAAGAUCAAGGCAGUAGUUUGCCUCAUUAUCAUUCUUGAGGCCCUUUGGUUUGACGAGCGAUUUGACGGACUAGAAGACCUUGGUGCACUUGUUGAAUUGAAGUGCAAGGCCAUGACUCUCGCCUUCGAUCUCGCUCUUCACCGAGACCCAGCACAUGGUGACUCAAGUAGAGGGUCGCAGUUGGAAUCCGAUUAA